AUGUUUUUUUCAAAAGAGAGGCGAGAAAAUGAGGAAGAUGGGAAACGAAGUUCAGGAACGAAAAAUAUGUCACAUCAUAAGAAUAAAAAAUAUGUAAGGAAUUUAAAACAACCAUUAUAUAAUAAUAAAUAUAUUAAUAAAUUUCAAAAAAGAAAUAAAGAUUUAAAAACAAAAAGGGGAGGUAAUCCUAAUUAUGUAUAUAACAAUGCAUCAACAGAUAUAAACAAUAAUAAUAAAUCUAACCAAUUCUAUUUCAAUAAAAAUCUAAUAAAUAGAAAUAAUAAAGAAACACAAAACAGAACAAAUGUAUAUAAAAAAAAUUAUUUUAAUAAUGAUAAUAUUAAUUAUAACAGUUUAAUAAAUGCUCAAACACCAGUUUGUUCUAUACAUAUAGACAAAACAGAUGAAGAAAUAAAAAAACAACUACAAUAUAGUGAAAACCUUAAUUCACCAAAAUACAAUAAUUCAAACAAUGACUCUAUAAAUGAGGCAUCAAAUUUUGAUUACCCAACAUUUGUCGAAGAAAUAUUAUUUACAACCAACAUAGUUUUAUUUACAGGAAUACUUAUUUUACCAACAAGUGAUAAAAUAUUUCAUAAUUCAGAUUUUGAAGGAAAAACAAAUCCACUACCUAAUGAAUGCAAUUUAAAUAUUUAUAUAAAUAUUGUUAAUAAAUAUGAUUCUCAAUAUUUUAAACAAUUAUUUCCUGUCUCUUAUAAUUUUAAAGGCAGACUUUUUUAUGCAGUCUCUGAUAAUAAUUCGGGUGUUGACUCAACAUUAUUAAUUGAUAAAAUUAUUAUAAAGGGAAAUUUUAAAACUCUUUCUCUCAUAGUUUUGGGUCAAUCCGAAGAAAUCAAUGAACCGUUAAGAUACCAUCGUGAAAACCUCUAUGACAUAAACAUGAAAACCAAAAUUAACGAAGCAACAGUGGAUGUUGAAAAUGUUGAAGCAGAAAAAGAUGAUAUAUAUUCUCCUAAAAAACCUGUAUAUAUAAAGACUUAUAAUAUAGCCAAUUUAAUGGAAGAAAAUUAUGACUUUGAAAAAAAACAUUCAAUUAAUAAUCAUAAAAAUUAUGACAAUAGUCAAAUAGAUGAACUAAAUGAAUUAUCAACUUUUUCAAAUAUAUUGGAAGAGGAUUUUGUUAGAAAUAAUGUUCAUCAAAUAAAUAAAAAUAAAAAAAAUGACAAUGAAAAUAAUAACAGUAACAAUAUUGAUGAUAAUUCCAAACCUAGUGAAAAUGAAAAAGCAGAAGAAAAUGCAAAUAAAUCGGAUCAGGAUGAUCUAGAUAAAUCAUGGGCAUCAGAUUUAAGUGACUCAUCAACAGAAACUGAUAAUAAUCAAUUUAUUCCUCCAGAUAAUGAAUUAAUUAUAAAAAUUUUAAAUUGUUUAACAAAUUUAUAUAAAAAAAAAAAAGAAAUAAACAGAAAUGAUUUACCAUUAUAUAAAAAAAUAAUUAAAUAUGGAGCAAUGUGGUUAUUUUAUAUAUAUAAAAAUAUUAAAGCGGAUGAAGAUAAUUUUUUAUUUAAUUAUUCAAAUUACACACAAAUAAAAAUAUGUGAUAUAUUAGGAUGUUUAUUAGUUUUAAGAAGAAUUGCUUUAUAUCCAAAUUUAGCAAAAUAUAUAAUACACCUUCAAGUUAAUUCAAAUUUAAUUCAAAUUGAUCGUAAACAUCCCCACAUUCUUAUUUAUUUAAUUGACAUCCUUAGCAUUGAUGGCGUUUAUUUUUUGUCUUCCUGGAAAAUUAAAACGUCCAUAUUAAAAACUAUCAUUGCAUUAAUAUCGGAUUAUUAUGUUAUGAAUCUUUUCUGUAAUUAUGUGGAUGAAAAUAAUGAAACCUUGUACACAAAGCUACUUGCUUUAUCUUCCAACAAAAAAAUGAAAAGAUAUAACAUAAAAAGGCUACUUGGAAUAAUAAUGUGUAGAGUUAAACUUUAUGAUGAAAUAAAUAAAUUUGAGAACAGCGUUAUGGAUAUAAUAACUCAUAGAGAGGAUUAUAAAAAUAGUCUUUUUAAUGAAAAUAUAAUUUCUAAAUUAAUUUACGAAUUAAAAAAUAUACAUAAAGAAUUAUAUCAACAUUCUUGUAAUCCUGAAAGCAAAAAUAGCUGUUAUGAUAUUUUUUAUGAAAAUGAAAUAUUUAUUAAUGAAGAAAAUGAACAAAAUUAUAACUAUUAUUACACAUAUAAAUUGCAUAAUUAUAUGCUAUCCUACUUAGAAAAAAGUCAAUUUUUUAACAUGUUUUUGUACAUUUUAAAAGAGUUUGAAAAACAUAUAAAAAACAUAUUAUUUUUAAAUUCGUAUGAUAUAUCUUUUAUUACAACUCUCAAUGAUUUUAUAUUUUAUCUCCUGAACUGUUCAGGUGGAAUAAAUUUAUUAGUCAAUUAUAAUAUAGAAAUGUAUAAAAAAACGUACAUAAAUAUUUGUCUAAUUAUAAAUAAAAAAAUGAAACAAUUGAACAGUAAUAUAAAUAAUAAAAAUGAGCAAGGCGAAGAUGCCGACGAAAAUGAUAAAAAUUCAAUCAAUAAUAAUAACGAAAAUUUUACAAAUAUUAAUGAAGAAAAUAAUUCCAACCAAAAUAAUGAUAGUGAAAAAGAACAAGGUGAAAACGAGUCUAACAAUAAUUAUGAUUAUGAUGACCCAUAUAAUGAAAAUAAACAAAAUAAUAUAAAUGACAACAUAAAUCAAAUGAAAAAUUCAGGAGAUCCAGAAUAUAUAUCCCCUGAAAAUAAUAAUUCUACAUUUAUUCAAAACAAAAAAGAUGAAGAUCUAAAUAAAGAAACAAUUAACAAUUUGAAUGAAAAAAAAGAAAAAAAAAUUUUAUAUAAUGAAAAGAAUUUUUUUUAUGACAACUUAAAAUGUAUAUAUACAUAUAAUGACAUUUUAAGAAAUAAAGAUAUUUCAGAUAUAUAUUAUUUAAAUGGAUAUAAUUAUAAAGAUAUGAAAAAUACUCGUAAUUCUUGUUCAUAUGUUUUAUGCUCUAUAAUAGCAUUUUAUAAAUCAAAUUUAUUAAUUAAUAAUUUUUUUAAAUCAGAAGAAAAUAUUUCACUAGAUUAUUUAAAAAUGUUUAGUGUCCUUUCUGCAUAUCCACUAUUUAAAUCGGCUAUGUGUAAUAAUACAAACAUUUUAAACUUUUUAAUACACCUCACACAUUUGUUAUACUAUUUUAUUUAUUUGGAAAAACAAUAUGAAGAAAGCAAUCCAUCAAACUCUCAAACUAUUAAGUUAAAGAAGAAUGCAAAGGAUGGAAAUACCAACUCUACGAACUUUUUUGUGCCCAAUCAACUAGACAAAUCCGAAACCAAUUUGAUGUUGAAAAGUGGCAAAAAUAAAUUUCACAAAAAAAUUUCCAAUGAAUAUAUUUUAGUAGCUAUUAAAUAUAUUUUAAGUAUAAUUUAUAAUUUAAUAUUUUAUGACAAUUCAGGAUAUUUUAUUUUUCAUUCUGGAUACUCGAUUUUUGUAUGUUUAGAAGAAAUUAAAAAUUUAACUGGUGAAAUUAAAAAAAAUAAAGACUAUUAUUUUGGUACAUUAAAUUGUAAAAAUUUAAAUAAAUUUUUUUUAAAGGAUUAUAUAAGUAAUGAUAAAAUUCUUUUUAAAAAAUAUUUUAUAAUGUAUGAAAAUUUAAAAGGUCUUUAUACAGAUUUAUAUAAAUAUGAAAAACAAAAAUUUAAUGAAAUGGACAUACAAAAAAGAAAAGAUAUCCAUAAAAAUGCAAUGCUCGAAUUUUUACGUAAAUAUGACAAGUCAUCAGCUAGCGAAGAAAAUAAUAAAUAUUCUAAUUCUAUCCUGAUUGAUAACAUUUUAUCAGUAUAUCAAGAGAAUCCAUUUUUUAAUUUCCUUCCACUAAAAUCGUGCUAUACCCCAAAUGUUUGUAAAAUUAUUGAAGCCUUGAGAAUUGAAAAAGAUAAAUAUAUUUUAAAAAAAUCGAAAGAAUUAAAUAACUAUAAUUGCAAAUUAAACAAUGAUAUAUAUAUAAGUAAUUCUUCAAAAAGUUGUACUAGAUUAGGGACAAAUAUAAAUGACCAAUAUAUAGAAUUGCUAGAAGAAUUUGAUGAUAACAUUAUUAACACUAUUAAUUCAAGUAGUACAAUAGCUGGAAUUGAUACUACAAAUCCUAAUAUAAAUCCCUUAUCUAUUCUUCCUACUGUUUCAACAAUUUCAAGUCGUGGAAAUAAUGCAAAUACCAAGAUAGGGUAUUACCCCAUUUUACCUCUAAACUUGUUAUAUUAUUACAUGAACCUAUGUCCCAAUAUCAGUUAUUUUUCUAAUCUAUACAAAAUUGAUAGUGAAAAUGAAUCACAACAUGAUGAGAGCGAAUAUAAUGAGAAUGUAGAAAAGGAGGAUAUACAAGAUGAUGAUAUAAAUAAUGAAAACAAUAAAUAUGGUUUAUUUUUUUAUGACAAUUUGAUAUAUAAUAAUUAUAUAUGUGUUAAAAAUUGUAAAUUAGAUGAAAAAAAUCAACCAAUUGCUAGCCAAACAAAUUCUCCAAAAUUUUCUCAUCAACCAAAUAGCCAUUUUUUUAACGAGAUUGAUAAAAAUUAUAAAAAAGCAGAAUAUUAUUUAAAAUCAAUAAAUUAUAUAAAUAAAUAUGAUGAGAAUAAUUAUAAAAAUAUAGGAUCACAAAUAUAUCUAGCUAAUAAUCUUGAAUUUAUAAUAAAAUUAAUUAAUAAAAGUAUAUUUUUUUUAAAUAUUAAUACCUUAAAAUUAGCCCUAAUUAAUUUCAAUAAAUUAAGUGGUAGAAAUCUUUGUAAGAUAAUAAAAAAUCGUUUAAAAACAUUAGAUUUUGUAAAAAGUAUUUUAAAUGUUCUUUUUAAUUUUUUUUAUAAUUUAACUGCAAUAUCAAAAUAUCAAACAAUAGCUAUGUUAAAGUCAUAUAGAAAUCACGAACUAUUUUAUUCUCUUUUAUAUUUACUAAAUAAAUUACUUAGCUUUAAUGAUUGGAUAGGAUCAAAUAAUAUAUCAGAAUAUAAUCAUCAUAGUUCUAUAUUUACUUUAAGAUAUAAUAUCAUAUACAUUUUAAGAAUAUUUUAUUUAUGGUUUAAUAAUACAUCAGAUAAUCAAUCAUUUCUUUUACGUUCAAUUUUAAGGUAUACUAGAAUUUUACCUUCGUUUAAUGUUUCAGGAAUGUUAUUAUUAUUAAUUUUUUUUGAUUUUAAAAACAUUUUUCCAGAAUAUAUUUAUUCUUUUUAUUUGUCUAAAAAUCUAAAAAAUAUUUGUUAUGACAAUAGUACAUCUACUAGCCAAUAUGAUGAUUCACAAAUAGACAAACCUGAUUCGGAAGAUUCAGAAAUAUUUGAUUCCCCUUUUGAAAGUGAAACAGAUGCACAAUACUUUCAAAGUAGUUCCAAUGAAGGUUCGGAAAAUGAAGACAUCCUAAAUACAGUAGCCUCUAAAAAGAGCCAAGUAAACGAUGACAAGGCAAAGAAAACAAGAAAGGGAAGACCAAAAAAAACAAAAAAUAAAAAAGGCACUAACACUAGUGAUGAAGAAAAUAAUGUAACUAACCAACCAGACGAAAAUGCAAAUAAUUUAUCAACCUAUGAUGGAGAAGAAAUAAAUAAAUUCAAAUUAGAACUUAUUAAUAAUUAUGAAAAUUUGGAAAAUCGUCUCUUUGAAAAAAGUGAAAAUUUAAAUGAUGAAACAAAUUCAAAUAAAGAUAAUAGAUACGAAUUUUCUAACUAUUCUAAAAUGUUGAAUAAUAAUUAUACAGGACUUUAUAGUGACACUGAAGCAGAUAAUGAAAAAUCGGAUACAGACAAUGAAAGUUCCAAAGAUGAAAAUUUUGAUUUUACAGAACAAAAUAAAUAUGGAGAAGACGAUAUAAAUAAUAAUGGAUUAAAUAAAAAAAAGUUAGAACAAAUUAUUUUAUAUUGUAAAAUUGAAGAUCCAUAUAAUGUCUCAAAUAGUACAGGAACAAACACAAACAAUACAAUAGAAAAUGAUAGAAAUAAUAUAGAUAAAGAUAAACAAAUGCUUUAUAUGUGUUGCUCUAUAAAUACUACAAAACGCAUAAUUAAUGAUCAAUUUUCAAAGGAGUAUCGAAUUUUAAAUUUAAAUUUUGCAGAGGAUGAAUAUGAAAACACAUUUUAUUUCACAAAUUAUCAUAAUCGAAUUACAAAUAAUUAUUUAUCCUAUAUAGGAAAUUUAAAUAUAAAUUUUACAGACAUUAAAGAUGUAAAUGCUCAAAAAAGUGCAAACCUUAUUAAUAUAGAAAUUGAAAAUUCAUUAAUCCCCCCACCACCAAAUACAAUAGACCCAACUAAAAAUAUUCACACCUCUCUAGACAAUAGUAUGUAUAAAAAUUAUAUUGGCAAUAGUACACGGGGUAUUUCAUUUUUAUCUUCCAUAAAGGGGUCUAUAAAAAAAGGUAAAAACAGGUUUGAUAAUAGCGAUAUUUCUAACAACCAAAUAAGUCCAUACCCUAUACAAAACUUCUUAAUAGAUAACGAAGUAGAUAAUGUAGAAAAUAUUUUUAAUGCCUUAAGGAAUGAUGAACAUAUAUAUGAUGAACAUAUAAAUAUUAGAUAUUUAAAAAAAAAAGAAAAAGAAAAAGUAAUUUUAAUAAAAAAAGAAUUAAAAAAUAGAGAAUAUAUAAAUUUCGAAGAUAUAUGUGAUUAUAUUAAUUUUAUACUUCGAAUAGGAAAAAGUAAUAAUGUAAUAUCUAGAUGUUUAAGUGCCCAUUGUUGUGUUGUAUUUAUAAAUCAUAGAAUACCAAUUUUUUCAAUUUUAUUUAAACAUAUUGAAGAUGUAAUAUCCAAUUUAAUUUCAAUAAGUUUGCUUAAUCAAAAUGAAGACGAUGAUAAUAAUACAACAAUAUGCAUGAAUAAAAUUAAUUACUUUUCUUUUUACUCAUAUAAUAAUAGUCAAUCAAAUAGUAUAUACUAUACAUAUAAUCAAGAGUUAUAUAUAUUAAAGGAAUUAUGUAACUUAUUUUGUUUUGUACUUGAUAUUUUAAAAAUUUGUUUUUUUAAUAAUUAUAAAAAUAGCUAUAAUAAAUUAAUUAAAAUUUUAUAUUUACCAUCUAACAAAUUAUUAAAUAUAAUUCAAAAUCUCAUUAUCAAACUUAAAAAUAUUUUCCCACAAGAAUUAAUCAGAUUUAUUAUUAAAAUUACAGCCACUAUAUUUCAAGGAUAUAUAUAUAUUUUUUUCCUAUACUUCACAAAGCAUGCUGUCAUGUAUAACGAAUUUUCUUCCAUACCUACAAACAAGCAAAGCAAUGCACAUUGUCAAAGUGGCAAGACAGACACUUUGUUUAUUCAUAGAGAUAUUUUUAUUAAUGAAAAACAAAAUGCAUUUUUACGCUCACAAGAAGGGAACACACUAAAUGAAUCAGAAAAUGACCAAGCCGAAUCCGAAACAAAAGCAAAUAAUAAAGUGCAAGAGCAUAAACAAGUUUUCUUUUCAUGCCCUAACUAUAUAAAAUAUAUAAAAUUUUUUUUUAAAUAUUAUUUUGAUCUAAUUAAUACAAAAAAUAUUGUUAAUAAUAAUAAUAAAGAUAUAAUUUAUAAAUAUUCAGGUUAUAUUAAUUUAAAAACAGUUACUAUGUCCUUAUCUACAAUUUAUGAAAUUAUCAAAAAUAAAGUUAUAUAUUUUUUCAUAUUUUUUAAAGUUGAAAAAAAAUUAGAAAAUCUUUUCUUCAAAUAUAUUCAAACACAUAAAGACCAAAACAAAAUUGUUACACUAUUUACAAAAGUUAAUAAUCAAUCUGUUCAAAUUGAUCAAUUAGAUAAGUUAUAUGAUAAAGAAAAUGAUUAUAUCCAUACCUUUAAUUUUUUUUUAAAGCUUAAUAAACAUAUAAACAUAUCCAAUUUAAUUGAAUUUUUCUCAUUUUAUUUUGAUAUUAUUCAAGAUAGCUCCAAUAAAAAUUCAUAUAAAAUAAUCGAAUUAUAUGAAUACUUAAAUAUUAUAGAUAUUAUAUUAAAUAUAGUUAUACAAAUUAUUAAUUACAAUUUUAAUUCACUCUUCAUACUUAUACACCUUUUUCAAAAUAAUGAUCAACAGUCAAUCAAAUUAUUAAAUCGAAUAAAUCAAAUGUAUAAAAUUUGCAAAAUCGAAGACGAUCAAAAAGAUAUUUACACUAAUCUAGAUGUAAAAAAAUACAGACAAAAAUAUUUUAAGUCUUUAUGUAAAUUUGCUAAGUAUAUACUAAAUUUUAAAAGAAAUUUUUUAACCUCAUUAUUGAAUACUUUACGUAAUUUACAUCAAUUUAUUUUAAACACAUCUAACCAAACAACUCAAAAUAAACCCAAUUCAGAAUCCACUUCAAACGUAGAACCCGAUUUAGUCAACCCUCAAAAUGAUACAGAAAAUGUAAUAGAUAAAGAUAAAAGUAAUUCUCUUAUUAUUUUUGCAAAUUCAAUUUUAACUAUUAUAAAUAAGUUAGAACAUAUUAAAACAAAAGUACUAAAUUUAGAUACAGCAUAUAUUCCAAACAUUACGUUUAAAAAUUUUAUUUUAUUUAUUUGUUAUGACCUUGACGAGUUACAUAAUUUAUAUAAAGAAGAAUCCGUAAAAAGAAAAACAGAAUUUGAUUCGGUUCCAAAUGAAAAUGAUGACUCAGUUGGCGUGUUGAAAAGAAGGAAGAUGGACGAGGCAGGAAAUGAAGAAGCAGAAAAUGAAGAAGCAGAAAAUGAUGAAGCAGAAAAUGAUGAAGCAGAAAAUGAUGAGGUUGAAAAUGAAGAAGUAGACGAUAACAAGGAGGAGGGAACUGCCAAUUUAACAGAGUGUAAUGAUAAACCUGAAGAAGGUUAUACAUUGACAAAAAAUUACUCGUUUUAUUUUGAAAAAAUGUAUAAUGAAAAAGAUUUUAUGAUAAAUAACAGAUCCUUAUUUAAUAAGUUAUGUGAAGUUUUUUAUUCAAAAUUUUUUUUAAAUAAAGUAACAAAAGCAUAUGAAUCCCAUCAGCAUUUAGAUAAUAAUUAUUUAACUACUAUAAAAAAUAUUAACCUUAGUAAUUUCAAUCCAUCUCUUAAUAAAAAGCUAUAUGAUUAUUCUUCUCAUUUAUUUUCUGAUAUAUUGUCAAAAAUAUAUUUAUAUGAAAAUGAUGAAGAUAAAAAAAGUUUUACAUUAUUUAAUUUAUCACAACAAAAUAAAUCAAAAGAAAUUGAUCAAACACAUUCUUUAUAUAAUUAUAUUAAUAUAUUAAAAGAAGAAUAUAAUAAAAUUCAAAAAAAAAAAAAUGAAUUACUAUCUCUACAAUUAUCUCAAGCAAAAACUAAACAAUAUAAUAAAAGGACUGAUAAAAAUGCUUUUGACGACCACUUUAGAAAUAGAAAAACCAUAUCCUCUAGGGCCCCUUCAAAACAUGUUGAUGAUUAUGAAGCAGAAAAAGCUAAUGCAAAUCAAACAACAACAAAUAAUGAAAAUGAAAAUGAACAAAAUGAUGAAAAUAAACAAAUAAGUGGUGAACAACCUGAACAAGCUAUUGGUGAAAAUUUAGCUAGCCAAGAAAAAAAAAAUAAUUCAAAUAUGUUUAGAAAUUCUAGUCUUUCUAAUUCUGGAGAUAUGGAAGGAAAUCAUAUGAACAAUUUUAAUGAGGAUGAUAAUUUUGGAAAAAAUCAAAAAAAAAUACAAAAAAAAAAUAUUAAUUAUUCAGCUAAAACAAAUAUAAAUGAUUAUAAUAAUGACGAGGAAAAUGAAAACAUGAAUGAAAUAGAUGAAAAUAAUCCAUAUAAUAAUAAUGAAGCAACUUAUCAAAAUACACAAAACGCAUCUGACACUAAUGAAUCACUAAAUAAAGCAUCACAAUUUGAAGACUGUACAUGUUAUAAAUUUAAUUUAUUAGGAUGGAAAGAAUUUUCAGAAGAUGGCCAUAAAAAUGAUUUAGAUGUUUGCAAAAUUGUUAAUAAACCAACACUAUUAAAAGAUCCAAGAAUAAAAAUGAAAUUUCUUAGAAUUUUAGAUAGACACAAAAAUAUUAAAGACAUUUUUAAAAAAUUAGGUGUCGAUAUAAAAUAA